UCUUUCAGUUCUCAAAUUUGACGCUCAACAACAUCCUCACCUGUUCAGGGAUAGGCCCACUUUCGGCCAUAUCACAGGGGAAUCUCAAAAAUCUCAAAGCAUUUGCUGACUCAUCCUUUGAUUUGUACACAUUGCUGAGAUCUAGACUUGACGUUAGUCGUGUGGUGAGCUCCAUCAAUAAUGCCAGGUCCAGUAUGACAACAGUGGGAUCACUGAGUGAUGUGGAGUUUGCUAGGCUCUGGUUCCAAGUGAAGCUCAGUCCAUAUCUGUCAUCUCUGUCCAGAGAGACUCUCUCCUGCCUGAGUCAAAGCAACCUCACCUGCCAGAGCUUCCAAGCACUGGUACAGGAUCUAAGCUUGCAAAUCGGUCCUGAAAGACAAAGGAUGGUGUAUCAGAAUUUCAUACAACCUUUUCUGGCAAGAAAUACAUCUGACGCUGGAUGUGUGAAAAGUGCAAACAGCACCAGUGAAUGGUUUAUGCAGAACUUGCAAACAUUCUCUGCCAUCGCAAGUCUGAGAGAUGUCACAGCUCUGAAUAAGGACUUUAAUGGGCUGGAUGUCCUGGAUAAACUCAGUCCAGAGCAGAAAGCUGAGCUGAUCUUUCAGUUGAUUGCAACUGCUAGUCUAAAUUUUGAUGCCAUCGAUAAGAUCUUCCAAAGUUUCCUACAGCCGCUCACGAACAUAACACUUAUCAAUGGCACUUCAGAUGGAUUGAGCAAGAACCUCACAGACUUCCAGGUAUAUUUGAGACCACUGGGAAGAUUCAUCAGAUCAUGUGUGACCUUUGCUCAGAAAACAGAUGAAAGCACUAUCAGCAAUGCAACAAAUCUUGUGCUGAACUGGAUCCUGAGCUUGGACACCAACCAAACCCCAAUAAGUACUUUUAACAUCAGCAACGUCACUGAAUGGUUCCAGAUUGUGGUUAUUCCUGUGAUGAAGAAAUAUCUGCAAACCAACCAGACUUUACCUAGCGAUGUCGCAACAAUAUCCAACUUUGUUUUUGCUCCAGAACCCCAAACUGCAGAUCCUAUCGACAUUUGUAAAGUCACCAGCAUUAAUAGUUCCUGUCAAAUAUCGCAGACUGAAGAGAGUCUGGCGAAAGCGAUUAAUUGUGUUGCUCAAUCAAAUCUGAGCUUCACUGAGGAAAACCUGCGACUUCUGAUCACUGAACUCUCCAGCCCACUGCAGACACAGAUGGAGCAAUCCACAACAAGCUCAGCUCAGAGCAACCUCACAGCCUUGUUUGCAGAACUUCCAGCUGAAAGCUUCGUAUCUGGAAAUCUUGUGGAUGUGGAGUUCAUGCGAUUCUGGUUCCAAAUCAAGAUGAAGCCUCUCCUGCCCAAAAUGUCAAGAGAAUUCCUGUCAUGCCUCGCCACCCGUAGCUUCAGCUGUCAGGCCUACAAUGCGCUAUUUGUGGAGCUAAAUAAUAAUUCUGGACUGAUGAGCAAUACAAUACAGAGAUGGGUCCUCAACGACUUCAUUGUUUCUUUCCUGUCGCAACGUCAAAACACAAGUGACGAUUGCACGUUGCCAUUCAACAACAGCUUGGACUUCAUCCAGCGAAACUUUGGCAAUUUCUUUCCGCUUGCACAGCUUCAAGUGAUUUUAAAAUUGAGCCGCAAUUUUUCAGCUGUGGAAGUGCUUUCUGUUCUCACACCGAUGCAACUGGAUGAGCUGGUGUUUAGUCUUCCUGCUUCACCAGCAGACCGAACGAACAUCCUCACAAAAGUCUUUGUCUUCCUUCUUCAAGCUCCUAACAGAGACAAACUAAACAACUUCAUCCCCUCUCUCCAGACUCAGGCUAGAAAGGCAAACUUCAGUUGUGAAAACUACAAAAUCUUCUUUGACCAGAUCGAUCAGACAUUAUCAUCAGUCCCUUCUAACCAGUCUGAAGCCCUGCUGACGAUCAGAGACACCGUGAUGAUGAUUCCUCCCGAUGAGUGCAUUGCGAGAGCGAGUCAAUGCACAACAACUCCUGUAAAUGAGUCUUCCCUCUGUGCAAGUGUCAACAGCUCUGCUUUGGAUCAGUUCUUGAAAGGAGCGGCUCCAAAUGCAACAGGCCCACUGAUUCUUUGCAACUUCACUGUGUUGCAGUUUGCCUGUCUACCAACGUUGUCACAGUUAAACUCUCAACAAGUGGCCGACGUGUUGGCUUGCAAACAGCCCAGCAAUGUGGGAAAAGAGACCUGGAAGCUUUUCUUCACCAAAACCGGCACAAACCUUGAUGAUGCACUGCUAAAGUUUUCCAACAUGACUCUGAGUCCCAGCAAUGUGUCUUGGUCUGAUGUUCUGGAUGUGCUUGUUGAAGUCCGGCUCGAUCGCUUUAGUCCUCAGAGACUGAGAGAUCCUGUCUUCAUUCGAUCAUGGUUUCAGGGGCGACUAAAGCCCUUCUUACCAUCAGUGUCUCAUAGAGUCCUGUCCUGUCUCAGCAGCAAAAACCUCGACUGUGAAAGUUACCGCACAAUCACUGAGGCUUUUGUGAAUGCUCCUCUACGAGAUGGACAAGACGUUUGCUUUCCACUGCAACCUAAUGCCACUCAAAGACAGGAUCUGGUCUACAAAGAGUUCAUGAAAGCUUUCCUCUCUCGCAAUGACACUGAAGAUCCCAGGUGCCUUAGAAAUUCCACCAACAGUACGCAGUGGAUCAACAGAAACUUUGGACCGUUCGUUCAGUCAGCUCCCCUAACGGACCUUGCGGAACUGAACAGAAACUUCACAGCGGGGGAUGUUCUACCUCUUUUGAGUCUAAGACAACUAGUUGAGUAUUCAGUCACACCUGGUGCGUUUAAGGAUCCUCCAAGUGUUAUCACUGUCAUGCAGCUUGUUAAGGAUUGCCAGCUCUCUGCUUUCUUCGACGACUUUUCCCAGAAAGUGAAGGACGUCCAACUCACACAAGAUGUAAAUGCAGCGCUGAUAAAACAGAUAUUUGACAGAGCCAACCUGUCUAAUAUAAAUGUCACUAAUCAGGAAGUUCUAGUCUGGUUCCAGAAUAGACUAAAACCUCUGUUAGCCAACCUUUCAGAAAGCGUUGUGUCUCCGCUUUUUACCAUCCUCAGCACAAGAGACUGCAAUAUCACUCAAUCCGUACUGGGGCUGUUAAACUCUUCAAUACCCACAAAUACCAAAAAUGCGAUUUACAACAGCAUUCUUCAGUCCUUCAGAGGGCCACAGCCUCUGAGGUGCUACAGAAACAACAGCUUUAUCGCAUUCCUGAACGAAAGCCUGUUCGGCUUUGGGCCACUUCCAAAUCUGACCACAUUCCUCGCUCUGAUACCACAAUCUCGGAAAUAUGAGCUCGUAAACUCUGUGUCUCCUUCUGAGUUGGGAACCUACCUCAGACAGCUGGAAGUGGUGAACAAUGAUUCACAAAUCUGUGUCAUCUUUAACAACUUUGUCAGAACCCCUGAGUUCUUGGAGACCGAAGACGUUCCAGAUAAUGUGAAAAGCACCAUCUUUCCCUGUGUCUGGCCUCUGGCACUGACAAGUGACAAUCAGACGGAGAUUGAUUUUUGGUUUAACCGUAGAUUGAGGCUCUACUUGAAGUUCCUGAACAAAGAUACACUAGGGUCAAAAGAGACACUGAAUGCAUCUUGCCUGUCAUACAGGAAAAUGGUCAAUGUUUUAGGCAACAAUUUCACCUUUAAUGGUUCUCAGAUUUCCAGUGCAGAUGUGUACACCACCAUUAAGACCUAUCUGAAAGCAGACACUGACACUGCUCCAAAAUGCUACAAACAAUCUGACGCAACACUUAACUCAACGGCGUGGUUUGUAAACCACAUUGGUGUAUUUAUAAAUUUUCUGAGUCUGGACGAUCUCUACUCUUUCGGUUCUGAGAGCACGAUAAAAACCUUCACUGUGAACCCUGAAAAUAUAAAACUGUUCAAUCUAAAGACACUUCCAAAGAACGUGCUCAACCGCUACACUGAACUCGUCUUUCUGCAAAACCCCAGCUUUAGUUUGUUUGAAUUGCCUUCAGUUUUGCAGUGCGAUGCCCCAGUAUCAACCUUUACAGCACUUAACGAGAGUCAAACUAAUACAAUUCUUUCAAACUUUAAGUUAUCUUGCUUCAAUGUUGAUCCUGCAAUAUCUACAGCCCUUGCGGGAAACUUUAAAAUCAUAGAUGCUAAUGCUAUUAGCAACUUGGGAAAUGAAGUCGUUGGCUUAACAACUGUACAAUUGAACUUAGCACCUCCGUCGGUUCUUCUCAGUGGGCUCUCAACACUGAGCAGUGUGUCUGGAUGGAGCUUUGGACAAGCCCAGGCAAUCAUAAAAGUGCUUCUCAGUGGAUCAUUCAAGUUUGAAAGUUCCAGCAGCUUGCUGAGUAUUGGAUCCCUGAUUGGAGGGAUCCCUUCAAAACAACUGACAUUUAUUCGGCCGCAAGAAAUCCUUACAACAUUGAAAAACAAAGAAUUUGUGAAAAACAUACUAAUUGCCCCAGAUAUUGUUCAGAGAACCUUUGUGACCCAGAUACUCAAAGUGGGUUCGUCAGUAGAUCAACUAAUGGCAAACAUUCCCGAUGAUAUGGCUGUUCAGAUUCCAAGAAUCUUUGUGACUAUUCGCUCCACUUUAGAUCAAACAAUUGUGAAAAAUUUUAACACUAAAAAAUGGAAACCUGAACAGGCAGUUCUGUUCUUUGAUACUGUUGUGGAUGCUUUUGAUCAACCUGAUGACCUGUCAGUGGACGUUUUGCAAGGAUUUACAUGCUCCCGUGUACAAAAAUACUCCAAAGUUAAAAUCAGAGGCCUGAUCAAAGCCUGCCGACGGAGAGCAAACAGAGCUAAGGUGGUACUGAGCGAGACUCAGCUGACUUGCAUGUACAACCAAAUUAGAACUGAAUCAAUUGUGGAUUUUACCAACUACCCUCCUGAUAUGUUGCUGUACUAUGAUUAUAGAGCAAUCAACAAAAGCUUCUGCAAGGCAUAUUUUGCUGAGGUCGGAGCAGCAGAUCUCUCAAUCUUUUCAAGUACACUGAGUGGAAGAAGGGACAUCUUGUGGAGUAAUGCUUUAGAUUGCUUGGGCAUUGCAGGAACAAGCAUCCAGAAACAGGAUUUGGCAGUGCUGGGCAACUUAGCAUGUGCUGCGAACCCUGAUUUCAUUACAAACUCAGACCCAGAAAUCCUUGAGAACUUGAAGAACUGCAAUGAUCUCUCAAGUGCGCAAAUAUCAGCAAUGGAAGCUGUUCUUAAUAAGGGAACUUCAAAAUAUGGACCAUCAACCAGUUGGAAUCAGAAAACGCUCAGUGAUCUGGGAAUUCUGCCCUUGUACUUCUCACAAAGUUUUUGGGGAUCAUUCAGACUGAAUGAUUUGAUCAAGUUCUUCAAAACCUUCUUUAAAUUCGUGCGUGUACGAAACACACCAAAACCUCAAAUGAAAAGACUGUUUCAAGCAAUCAUUCUACCUGUAAGAGCCAAGAGAGACGUGGUUGGCUGUACCAAGGGCAUCAUCACUAGUACUAUCAUCAGCGAUGACGCCUUCCCCUUUGGAUAUGAUGAGUCGCAGUUCAAAAACUGUCUGAAUGCAACUGUAGUGAGGGACAACCUCGCUAGCCUGUGUGAAAAAAUUGAGAUUAGCGCCUUCCAGAGAGUCAUUCUGGACAAACUCAAUGAGAUAUCGCCAAGUGGCCUUUCAGAGGAUCAGGUCCAGGUGCUGAAGUCAGUGUCCAGGAACGCAACAUUGGAUGAAAUAAGCAAAUGGAACAUCACUGUAAUUGACACACUGGCUGCACUUAUGAAUCCCAACGAUGGCGAAUGGUCCUCUGAACAGAGCAAGCAAAUCAUUACCAAAUAUCUAAGCGCUAACAAUGUCCUGAAUACCACUGAGCUGAAUGUAGUGAGAGGACCAAAUCUCUGCUCUCUGAAUGCCAACACACUGUCAAGAAUAUUGCCUGAAAGCAUUGGGCAGGCCGAUGCUUUGAAUGUGUCUAAAUGUUCAUCUGAGAACAAGAACGUCCUCUUCACCAUCGCUAACAAAGCAUUUCCCAUAACAACUGUAAACCAGAGUGAAAUUCUGUCAGUUUUCCAGAUGGUUGAACCCUAUCUUGGUGGUGCAGAUCUAGCUUACAUUAAGAAUCUGACAAAAUAUAAUAUCAACAUGAGCCUGUCCACUUUCAGAAAUCUGGAUGCAAACGUGAUCUCGAGCCUCAGUGUGUCAGACGUCCAGGGUCUUCUUGGUACCAAUUUGCAGGAUCUGAAAACAUUUGAAAAUGACACGGUCGUGCAGUCCUGGAUCUCACAACAGUUCCAGUCAGAGCUGGACAAACUGAAUAUCGGUCUGACUGGAGGAAAAGCAGACCCAACAACUGUUGCCCCGACUGUCACAGCUACCACUGUUAAAGUUACUGCAGGCGCUCCAGGAAUCGGACGCAGUGGAUGGUCAGUUUCACUCAGCAUACUUGUACUCAUUUUUACCAUCAUUAAAGUGGAGAUUAUAUACUGACCCCAAAUCAGCCAACUAUGAGACUCUCCAGUGGACUAAAUAUAUCAAUACAAUCUAGUCUACUCAAUCUGUUUAAAAUCACACUUUUUUUUGGGUUUGUCAUUAGUCUUAUUCUAUAAUUCAUCCUAUUCAUAAUUGCCCUAUUGUAAUUGACAUAUAUGGAAAGAUUAAUGUUUUACUAGGAUAUACAACCUUUUGAUUGCAAUACUUGUCAAUAAAGCUUCUAUAUUUAAUUGCUUCAGAUAUUUAGAAUCGUUAUAUGAAUGCCUUUUCUUUGCCUUAACGUCACAAAAAAAUUGUUCUGAUGCCUAUUUAUUUAUGAUAAUGUAAA